AUGCGUGAUAUCAAGUGCGAUGUCAUCACCCUCGAGGUUGGCAUCAAUAUCCAGACGACGGCGGCCAUGACGAGGCGAGUAUUCACAUCUGCAUUCGAGGGCUUCGUGGAAACACUGCGUGAUGGGCAUCCGAAAGUUCCGAUUGUGGUGAUCUCACCGCUUUGGUACGGGCCACUGGAGGAGCGCGCUCCUGUGGGAGGGUCCAGCUUCAUGUCUCUGAAGGAUCUGCGCAGCUGCCUUCUGACGAGCAUAAACACCAUGAAGGCAGGCGGAGAUGAGCAGUUGUUCUACAUCGAUGGCCUGACUCUUCUGGGUAGCGGUGAAGAGAAGAUGCUCUUCGACAAGCUGCACCCAGGACCGGAAGGCAAUGAGCUGAUCGCCCAACGCCUCUUUGCGUGCUGCAGUGUUUUUGGAAGAAGCUGCGACAACGCUCCUGCUCCGGCCCCGUCUUCCCACAUUCCGAAGCUGAGCGCAGGCGGCUACCUCGUGGACAUGCCUGGCGAGGGAAGGUCGCGUCUCGUGGUCAAGGAGCAGGGUGCGGCUCUUCUGGCAGUUUCGGAACGCCAGGAUUGGCCCCCUGCACUCGUUCACCAGCGUGACGAGUUCGUCUUUCUCUGCAACGUUCCUGGCGUCUGGGGCCACUACACUGACGGACGGGUGGUCUUCAACAAUGGUACAGUGUGGCAGAGCAUCCGCGGGCCAUAU